AUGACACGACCCGCUUUUGACCCAGCGGACUCGGACCUUUUUGAGCGGCAGGAGGCAGCGCUCUCCAUUUGGACGGAGAAGCUCAAGGGGAAACAGCGGCUCUUCGCGGAGCAAGAGCACCUCUUCGAGGGAACUCGCCUGGCUCUGGGCGGGCCUCGGAGACGCCGCGUUCCCCCACCUGCUGCCUCACCUGCAGCCUGCUCCACUCCAGUCAGUAGUACAGCCUGCUCCACUCCAGUCAGUAGUACAGCCUGCUCCACUCCAUCUAUUGUCCAGUCCUCUCCUGUCCAGUCUGUUGUCCAGUCCUCUCCUGUAGUUCAGCCUCCCUCUGUCCUCCAGUCUCCCGUAGUUCAGUCUCCUUCUGUCCUCCAGUCCCCCGUUCUCCAGUCGCCUCCUGUCCUCCAGUCCCCCGUUCUCCAGUCGCCUCCUGUCCAGUCAGUCCAGUCGCCCCCCGUAGCUCAGUGCCCUGCUCCCCAGUUGCCUCCUGUCACCCAGUCACCUGUCCUCCAGCCUGUCCAGUCAGUUCAGUCUGUCGUCCAGCAUCCUGUUAUUCAGUCAUCCGUUCUCUCACCGUCUGUAGUCCACUCUCCUGUUCAGUUCCCAGACCUGCAGCCACAGCAUCCAGAGCCAGCUGUGAGCUCUCCCGCACCUCAGCCAGGUGUUUCCGCACCCGCUGGCCCGGCCGCACCUCAGCCAGGGGUUUCCGCACCCGCUGGCCCGGCCGCACCUCAGCCAGGGCCAGAGGCUUCCGCGCCUCCUGGCCCUGCCUGUCUCCAGCCAGAGGCUUCCGCGCCUCCUGGCCCUGCCUGUCUCCAGCCAGAGGCUUCCGCGCCUCCUGGCCCUGCCUGUCUCCAGCCAGAGGCUUCCGCGCCUGCUGACUCUGCAGGUGUUGCUUUGCCGUCUGCUGCUACGUCGCCUGGUCCGGCCUCGGCCUCUGCUGCUGCUACGUCGCCUGGUCCGGCCUCGGCCUCUGCUGCUGCUACGUCGCCUGGUCCGGCCUCCGCUGCUGCUACGUCGCCUGGUCCGGCCUCCACUUCAGCUUCUGCGUCGCCUGGUCCGGCCUCCGCUUCAGCUUCUGAUUCGCCUUCUGCCUGGGCUUCUGAUUCGCCUUCUGCCUGGGCUCCUGAUUCGCCUUCUGCCUGGGCUCCUGAUUCGCCUUCUGCCUGGGCUCCUGAUUCGCCUUCUGCCUGGGCUCCUGAUUCGCCUUCUGCCUCGCCUGGGCUCCUGAUUCGCCUUCUGCCUGGGCUCCUGAUUCGCCUUCUGCCUGGGCUCCUGAUUCGCCUUCUGCCUCGCCUGGCCCGGCCUCGGCCUCGCCUUCUGCCUCGCCUUCUGCCUCGCCUUCUGCCUCGCCUGGCCCGGCCUCGGCCUCGGCUUCAUCCUCUCCUUCGCCUGGCCGCCGCCGUCAUCGCCAGCGUGGUCGCCCACCGGACCUCCUCAGCGGCCGCCGUCUUCCUCGCGGCCGCCCACCGGACCUCCUCAGCGGCCGCCGCCGUCUUCCUCGCGGCCGCCCACCGGACCGACUUCAGCGUCGCCGCCUUCCUCGCGGCCGCCCACCUGAACUGUCCGGGCUCAGCCACUGGCCGCGUGGCCGCCCACCUGAACUGUCCGGGCUCAGCCACUGGCCGCGUGGCCGCCCACCUGAACUGUCCGGGCUCAGCCACUGGCCGUGUGGGCGACCACCUGAGCUGUUUUUGUUUCGGCCUCCAUCCCUCCGUCCUGGGCCCCCUCCGCCCUCCCUGUUCUGGUUUUUCGUUCUUUUGGCCGUCGGGUGCCGGCCUUUGA